AUGGAUAACAUUCGCCGCAGUAAUAGGACUUUAACAGUUGACAAGACUCUGAGAUCGGAAGCUACAGCCGGUACUGAGAUUGGCGUUGAUGCUUUUGCCGCGUUGGAAGAAGAACCAGCAGUGCCCAACAUAGGCGGGCAUAAUUGUGAGAUUCAUAUGUAUGAAUGUCGCUACAACAGUCGAGGAGAAAGAGUAUUCCUGCAAAGUGGCUGUAGAUCUGAGCUUGAUGAAGAGCCCGAGGACAGCAUCGACGCAGCCCUUGUCCUGACAAGAUACUAUUCGGAAGACAAGAAACUCGAUGAGACAACGCUUGAUAUCAGAUCACCAUACAUCAAGGCGGCGCUUGAACAGGUUAUCGGAUCGUAUCCUGGGGUCAACAUCCAUACCGACGGCCCAAUAUUAAUAAACGAUGAUCCAUGGUGCCUUUUCCACUACCGCAACGAGCUGCGCGGAUACGCGGCGAAGCUUCGCAACAAGAAAGCGAAAGAACAUAUCCACUUCGUACUCCAGUAUAUGGCAAAGGUUCUGCGGCGCGAAAUAGCAAACUACGAAAGCUUGAUGGUGAAUAAUGAUAGAGAACCUGGACUUGAGUUCCAGAACUUGUGGAUGGCUUUCAAACCUGGAAUCUUGCUCUAUAAGAAGAGUGGCGAUUCCAAGGAUAUUGACAUGAUCUGUAGGUUUAGGGAAAUGGAAAUCAAGAAAGACUCUGAUACUAGUCCAAGUUACUGGCGUCUGAAAGUUGAAAUGUUGGCCUGGGUCGGGGAAGAGCUCAAAUAUGUGUUGGGUAGAUUCCACAUCAACAAAUAUGAUGGCUAUCGACCACUGACUGCGUUGGAUCUCUACCCUUUAGCGUACCACCCAGAUACGGAACUAGUUCAAAGGCGUGUACUAGCAAGGGGAAAGAAGUAUGUCACUAUGUUCGGAGUACAUCAUUGCUUCCAUGACGGUAUUGCGAGCCUCGUGGCGUUUGCUGGCCCGCAGUUGAAAUUGAUUUCUUUCAUGGCUCGUGGCAGAGUGAUGGUAGACAGGGCAGAAUUCAACAACGACGUUCGAUUCGUAAUUCCAGAAAUCGUCCCUGAUUCCAAGAUCAUCGAUCCUCUGUUGGGGGAGCAUCUUACCCUGUCCGAGGAGGAGCUGCUGAUUUGCGAGUACAACAUUCCCGCUUUUACUUUAUCGACCAAGCGAUGGGGGCUCUUUAACGUGUCGAAUCUUGACCGCGUUGAAUAUAACCACGACGCAUUCUCCCGCCUGAUACUACCAUCUGGCGUCAAAAAAAUGCUCUCGGCCUUGGUUCAUCUUCAGGAAGGAGAGACAUCGCAAUUCGAUGAUUUGAUUGUCGGGAAAGGAAAAGGAUUAAUCAUACUGUUGCAUGGACUUCCAGGCGUUGGGAAGACAUUCACAGCAGAAAGCAUAGCUGACUUCUCGAAACGUCCUUUAUAUACAAUCGGGAAAUCCGAUUUUGGCCACACAGCUUUCCAGGACUCCGAAAUAAGGUUGACGGCCGCGCUCGCAAGAGCUGCGAAGUGGAAGGCCAUCGUGCUCCUCGACGAAGCGGAUGUCUUUAUGCAGGAAAGAGGUGCUAAUGAAAUGUUCAGAAAUGAACAGGUUUCAGUGCUGCUGCGUAUACUGGAGUAUUUUGAAGGGACAAUGUUUCUCACCACCAACCGAGUCCAAACAAUCGAUCCAGCAUUCAAGUCAAGAAUUCAUUUGUCUCUCACCUAUCCCGCCCUGUCUUCCGAAUCGAGAAGCGAGCUCUGGGAGACGUUCAUCCUGAAAGGAACAGAAGAGAAUUCUCGCCCAAAAUGGCUUACGGCGAGGUUCCUCGAUAAAAUUUCCAAGGAAGAGGUCAAUGGACGCGAGAUAAAAAACAUCGUCCGCGUAGCCCAUGCGCUGGCAUUCAACGACAAACGAUCAAUGAAAGCAACCGAUAUUCUUCAAGGUCUGCAAUCGCUAAGGACCUUCGAGAGGGACUUCAGCGAAGCCGCAGCAGCCAAGAGGAAGCAGGAUUACGAGCACUUUGAACCGUCAAAGAAGGUAAAAAUUGGUGAUCGCAUCGAAGAUGAAGAAAGGAAAGAUCCUACUGAGCUGGCAAAUGAAGGGCGUCCUUGGUGGAAAUUCUGGUGA